GGCUACGGGGAGAAAACAAGCGGCGGGUCGCCCCGGCGCUGCCCGCGGCCCCGCAGGUGGAGGCGGCCCCGCCGACGGCAGCGCGCAGGCGGCUCGACGGCGGCGGCGGAGGGGGCCUGGGACGGCCGGGGGCUGCCGGGCGCCGUCGCCCCGGGGGUGCGGGCUUGGAGCCGGGCGCGCCCAUGGGCAGGGCGCCCCCCGCGGGCCGGCAUCGCGGCCGUGCGGCGGCCGCGGCGGUCGAUGUGAGGCCGAGCGGCGCCGGGGCAUGGCGCAGCGGGCGGGCAGCGCGGCGGCGGACGAGCUGGCCAACGCCGCGGCCCGCGGGGACGUGCAGAGGGUGAGGGAGCUGCUGGACGGCGCGGCGGACCCCAACGCCGUCAACUCCUUCGGCCGGACCCCCAUCCAGGUGAUGAUGCUGGGCAGCCCGCGGGUGGCCGAGCUGCUGCUGCAGCGCGGCGCCGACCCCAACCGGCCCGACCCGCGCACCGGCUGCCUCCCCGCACACGACGCGGCCCGCGCCGGCUUCCUGGACACGCUGGCGGCGCUGCACCGCGCCGGGGCGCGCCUCGACCUCCCCGACGGCCGCGGCCGCCUCCCCCUCGACGUGGCGGCGGGGGGACCCCACGGGCCCGUGGGGCGCUUCCUGCGACAGCCUGCGGACGGACCCGUCUCCUAAUUCAUGGCCCGGGGUGGCGAAGGACGGCGGGAUUUUGCCCGCCCGUGCUUUGCGCACCUUCAUGCUUUGCCCUCCUCUCUCUCCCUUUUGCACACUGUGAAGAUGAAUAUGAAGGAGAAAACCGCACGGACGGCACAAUCAAGCUUUCGUGUCGUGGCUGGGCGCUCGCGCUGCUGACCCUUCUGCCCAAAACUGCGAGGCACCUUCCCCCGUUUCCUUUAAGGAAAAUAGGACAGCGGGAGCGCUGAGGCCGGUCUCUCCCUAGCAGAGCAGUGGGAAACUAAGGCUUUGGCACAUACCUUCUGAAAACCACGUAAGGUGCUGUGCAUGUCUGUGCAUGGACCCGUGGCGCAUCCGUGGCUCCUCUCAUGAGGUUAGUAAACAUGGGACCUGGAAGGAGAAAAUAAAGAGCGAUUUGUGUCUCUGCAAGCCCGAUGCCGCCCUUGCUUGAAGUGAUACGUGCAGGUGACCUUCCCUGAGCUACUGCAAGCUUAACGAUAUUUUGCAAGAAAUGAUGGCGGUUGCAAAACGAGGGCGUCACGUAGAUACAACUUAAAAAAAAACAUAUGUCCAUGCUCGGCCCCAGCGUUUCCCCAACCUGCCUAAAAGUGGAACACUUGUUGAAGAGACAACAGAGCCGAAAGACAUUACAACGACUCUGCUCCUGCAGGAGGAGCAGGACGGAGGAGGGGGAGCUAGAUUAAUCGCCCGAGGACUAAUGCCUAUCUCUGUGGCUGCACCAGGGUGGGAAAGACUCGCGUGAACCUCCCACGCGCGACAGCCCCGGAGCUGGUCAUAGAGAGGGCAGCGGGACGGAACGGCCAGGCAACUCCGGCCUCACACCCCGGUGUAAACCCUGAGCACUACCCGUGAAGAAUACGAAGGAAAAAGAGGUUUCCUUUUGAUGUGCGUUCACGGUUUCCACCUCUUUUAUGCAUAAACAGUAAGAAUAAUAUAUAUACUUAUAUAUAACUUAAUGUAAUUUAUUAAAAUAUGCCAUUCGCGACAAUAUAAUUUCAUGCAAUGCCUGCUUAAUAAUUUUUUUUCUUGUAAGUUGACAUUUUAUAAAUGCGUAAUUAUGCCGUUUAUCUAUUUAACGUGUCCAUUUCAGAAAAAGAUAAGCACACACAUAUGUGUAUAUAAAAGCAUUUUGAUUAUCUAUCUAUCAA